GUGGCCUCCCUCUUCCAUCACGACGCCAUACCGUUCGCCCACUACGACGACCCCAACUUCCUGCCCGACUUCGGUCUACCCCCGCGACUGCCCGAUUGGGCCGAACACCUGCGCCCCGAAAUGGACUCCGUGUGCGCCGACUCCGUGUCGUGUCAGUACGACUACGUGAUUACCCUCAACAAGGACUACGCCAAAGUGACCAAGCAACACGAGGCAUACGCACUCUACCUGGCCAAUGAGGCUAAUAAGAAAUAUCCCCGAUGCCCGGCCCUACCGAAGCCCCUGAAUGGUCGCAAGUCUGAGAACAGGUAUUGGCCAGGUACUAUUGUCAGGUUCUCGUGCGACGAUGGCUACCGAUUGGUCGGUAACGAAACGCGCCUUUGCCAAGGGGACGGCCUGUGGUCUUGGGGUGUGGACCCCGAGUGUAUCGGUGAUCUCAAAUACACCGGAAGGAUAGCCGGUAUCGGCGUCGUCGUCAUACUGCCCAUCAUUAUAGUGAUUAUACUAGUGAUCGGGUGUUUCGUGUACUCCCGACGCAAUGGAAAGGAGCACUACACUGGAGAGCCCGGAAUACAACAGCCGUUUAUAGAGUAUUCAAACGCCAAAAAGGAAAAUGAAAGUAUGCCCGGAAAUGGCGGUGGAAAGGCUAUCAAAGAGAUCGAGACGUCGGCGCGGGAGGCCGAAGAUACUAUUGUCAGGUUGUCGUGCGACGAUGGCUACCGAUUGGUCGGUCACGAAACGCGCCUUUGCCAAGGGGACGGCCUGUGGUCUUGGGGUGUGGACCCCAAGUGUAUCAGUGACCAAGAUAGAUUCAACUCAAGGGUCUGUCAGACAAUAACCGUCGACGAGAGCCCCAACAUAGACGGCACUCAUCCCGUCGACCGACGGGUCUGUCUGUGCAGCGAUACCAGUGAGUAG